UCAUGCUGCUGCCAGGUCCCAGAGUGUGUCAUGGGUCCCUGUACGGCCUCCCAUUGCUGCUGUCUCCAUCGCCACACUCUGCCAUGUGCCACUUUCAGGUCUCCUCACACACUGCUGGGUUCCAUUUUGUCAUAGGGUGCUGGCAGAUUACGGCCUCCCAUUGCUGCUGCCAGGCCUUAAUCUGCCAUGGGCCCCUGUACCGCCUCCUCAUGCUGCUGCCAGGUCCACAGUGUCUCAUGGGUCCCUGAACCGCCUCCCAUUGCUGCUGUCUCCAUCGCCACACUCUGCCAUGUGCCACUUUCAGGUCUCCUCACACUGCUGGUGUGUUCCAUUUUUUGUC